AUGUGGCCAGAGGUUGACAUGGAAGAGAUGUUGCCUCCAGCCUAUAAAAGAGAACAUGGCAGACCAAAGAAGUUGAGGAGGAGGGAACCUGAUAAGGGCCCUAGUAAAGUAAGAACACAAACCACUUAUUGUUGCACUAGAUGUGGUGUACAUGGUCAUAAUGCAAGAAAUAGUACUAGUCAAGUGGUUGACCCUGAAGCUCAAAAAUGCAAGCCAAAGAAGACUGCACUAGGACAAGGACAUAGUCAAACUCAAUCUGCAUCAGUUCAAGGACAAGGUCAGACGCAAACUACUGAGACUCAAGUUGAGACUCAAAUUGAAGUUGACCCUGAGUUUGAAAUGCUUGCUGCAAAUCUUGUAGCAGCAUUUGAGGCAACUCAAAUAUAA